AAUAUACAUUUUUUUUGUCGAACCACCUCGGGUUGUGGAGACGAAGAGGAUGAAGAUAGUGACUUACAACGUGAAUGGCCUUAAGCAACGAGUUUCCCAGUUCGAUUCCCUCCUCAAACUCCUCGAUUCCUUCGACGCCGACAUCAUCUGCUUCCAGGAAACGAAGCUCAGGAGGCAAGAACUAACAUCGGAUCUAACGAUAGCAGAUGGUUACGAAUCGUUCUUCUCGUGCACUCGCACGUGCGAGAAAGGUCGUACUGGUUACUCCGGUGUAGCGACGUUCUGCAAGGUAAAGUCAGCGUCUUCAAGCUGUGAAGCUGCUUUGCCUGUUGCUGCUGAAGAAGGCUUCACUGGUCUUGUUAACAGUGGCUUACGAGGUGGGAGGAGUGAUAGUUCUGUUGUAGCUGAAGGUCUUGAGGAGUGUGAGAAAGAAGAGCUUCUUAGGGUUGAUCAAGAGGGGCGUUGCGUUAUAACUGAUCAUGGACAUUUUGUUGUUUUUAAUGUUUAUGGACCAAGAGCUGUAGCUGAUGAUGCUGAGAGGGUCGAGUUUAAGCAUCGGUUCUAUGAUGUUUUAGAGAGAAGGUGGGAGUGUCUUCUGCGUCGAGGAAGAAGGGUAUUUGUUGUUGGGGAUCUCAACAUUGCUCCUUUUGCUAUGGAUCGGUGUGAAGCUGGCCCUGACUUCGAGAAAAACGAGUUCAGAAAAUGGUUUAGAUCUCUGCUAGUUGAACAUGGAGGCUCCUUCUCUGACGUUUUCAGAUCUAAACAUCCUGAAAGGAAAGAUGCAUUCACCUGUUGGUCUUCAAGUAGUGGAGCAGAACAAUUUAACUACGGUUCCAGAAUCGAUCAUAUCUUAGUUUCUGGACCAUGCUUCCAUGAAGGAGAUCGAGAUCAGGAAGGCCAUAGUUUUUUAGCUUGCCAUGUCAAGGAAUGCGACAUAUUAACAGAAUAUAAGCGGUUUAAGAAUGAAAACAUGCCAACAAGGUGGAAAGGUGGAUUGGGUAUAAAACUAAAGGGAUCAGACCAUGUACCUGUCUUCACAAGUUUUGAUGAUUUGCCUGACAUCCCCCAACACAGCACACCUCCUUUAGCUUCAAGAUAUCUUCCCAUGAUUUUCGGUUUCCAGCAAACUCUUGCGUCAGUGUUAACGAAAAGGCAAGCUAAUGAGCAAGCCAAGUCCAUUGAGGUUUCAUGUUCAUCAUUGAGUCAAAGUAGCACUACACCAAGUUGUGGAGAGAUCUCAAUAGGACCACUCAGAAACUGCAGUAUGGUGGGUAUUUCACAUGAGGACUCUUGUUCUUUAGAGAAAGAAUCCACUAAGAGGGUGAACACAACAUCUGGAGGCUCGAGUGAUGGAAACAAGAAGAAAGUGAGGAGGAUCCAAUCUUCUCAGCAGCUUUCUUUAAAGUCCUUUUUCACUUCCAAAUCUGCUGCUUCAUAUGCUUCCUCAAGUCAGAGCUCCUCCCAAGUCGAGAGCAUCGCAGAACCGACUGUUUCCAGCAAAGAAGACGAUGAACUUACUACUACUUCAUCACAGGAGCAAGACCAAAGCGGUUCUUCGGCUAAACAAAAGAACGAUGCAGCAUUAAUGGAGUGGCAGAGAAUACAGAACCUAAUGCAAAACAGCAUACCUCUAUGCAAAGGACACAAAGAAGCUUGUGUCGCUCGAGUUGUAAAGAAACCAGGUCCCACUUUUGGACGCAGAUUCUACGUCUGCUCUCGAGCUGAGGGACCUUCCUCUAAUCCAGAAGCAAACUGUGGUUAUUUCAAAUGGGCUUCAUCCAAAUUCAGAGACAAGUAGUAUUAAUGAUGUUUCAUGUGAAUGGUUAAAUAUUCAGGAACGAGGGAUUUAAUCUAGUGAGCUCAGGUACACCGUAGAACCUCAACAAUGUCGGUAUAUAGUAGUUAAUGUUAUCUGUCUCUUGAGUCUUGUACCGAUUUGUAGAGAGUUGCUCUAGAUUUGGCGUCUUUCGACGUUCCUGUCUCUAUCAAUGUAUCCCUCUUUUAAUGUGAUUUAGAUAUUUAGCUUCGUUA